AUGAUGUUUAAACAUGGUUUUGUGCAUUGUGACACACACGCUGCCAACUUGAUUGUUCGUCCUUCUGAUGAUAACGCCAUCAGAAAAUACAGCGCCAAGCUAGGUGCUGGAGAUGAUCUCUACGUCCUUUUCGCGGGUAUUCUAACAAUGAGACCAUGUAAGCGGGUCAUUGACGUGUGUGGAUCAUUCAGUCAUCCAAGGCACUAA